UAAAAACCAAAAGCUAUCCUAGUCAGGAAGCAAAUAAACAACACUGCGACACCAAAAUCUUCUCGUCACUUGCCUAACAUAUUAAAGCUUUCCCAAAAUAACAAUCCUCCACGUUUUACUAUUUUAUUUAUCUCUCACAUACAACUCAACAAAAGCAAGAAUAACAACUCACCAACUUCACAAUCAUCAAAUUGCAUACCAAAGUUGAGAGAAAAGUAAAAGUGAAGAAACAUGGAAGGAUUUAAAGUAGACAAAUGGGGUUAUGAAGUGAAUACAAGUUCUGAUUCUUGCAUAUCUGCUAUCAAUUCUUAUUAUCAUCAGGUACUUAGCUAUGGAAGAGAAAGGUCUGUAAUAUUGGAAGCUCCUAAACAAGACCCAACUUGUGUUUUGGCCAAUAUUUUGGCUGGUCAGUACCUUUGUUCUGCCGAUUCUUCCCGUGCUAUGCCUCUUCUUGAAGCUGCCAAGUCUCGCCUCGAACAAGCUAGCUCGUAUGAGAAAGUGGUUUUUGAGGUAAUCAAUUGUUUGAUUUCACCAAAUAGAGAUGACGAUGUGGCUGUAGAACUACACUUGAAGCUGCUUAAGGAUUUCCCAAGAGAUCUAGUCUCUCUCAAGAGGGCUCAAGUGCUUUGUUUCUAUAUGGGUCGCGCUGAUUUGUCUGUGAAACUUGUUGAACAGGUCCUACCAGUAAAUAAAGGCGAAAGUUACAUUUAUGGCAUGCUCGCAUUUCCCCUAUUAGAGCUUGGUCGAUAUGCAGAUGCUGAAGAAGCUGCAAAGAAAGGCUUUGAAAUUGAUAGUGAAGAUGCCUGGACACAUCAUGCUCUCUGUCAUGUUUAUCAGUAUGAGUGUCGUUUUAAAGAAGCAGUACAAUUUAUGGAGGAGUGCUCAAGAACCUGGAGUUCUUUGUCAUCUUUUAUGUAUACACACAAUUGGUGGCACGUUGCACUUUGUUAUUUGGAAGGUCAUUCUCCCAUGGAAAAAGUAAGAGAUGUUUAUGACCAAAAAAUCUGGAAAGAGUUGGAAAGAAUUGAUGCCAGUCCAGCCGAAGUGUACUUGAAUGCUCUUGGUUUGUUACUCCGGGUAUAUGUACGAGGUGGGAUUAAUGUCUUUGGGGACCGUUUGAAGAUCCUAGCUAAUCGUCUGUCAGAUAAAGCUUUCUGGUAUCUUGAAUGGCACCUGGAUGUCUUGGUGUUGUGGGCCCUAUCCUGUACUGGCGACGUUUCUAAAGCAGAGGAGUUACUCGAGGGUUUAAGAUCCAGAAUCUCUAAAAUGACAAAGAAAAAACGAGAACAGAUGCGGAGAGCUUUGCUGCUUGCAGAGAUGCAGUUUGAAUAUGGCAAGGGUGAAAAUGAACGGGCGUUGGAAUUGCUUGGACAUACAUUUGAUGCCGUAGACUACAAGAUUAUUGGAGCGUCGGACGAACAGCUUGACGUUUUCAAUGAAGUUUGGAUCACUAUGUUGCUGAAUAGUGGUCAGGCUACAAAAGUCGCAGCUAUUCAGGCCAUAGAGAAGCAGCUAAAGAAGAGGGAAGGGACACCGUUCUUGUGGCGCCUCCUGGAAAAAGGUUAUUCAAUGUCAAAACAAGAGGAAGCAAUAGUUGCAGGCAAAAAAGCUCAAGCAUUGGAAGCUGCAUACUUCAAUUAGUCUUGGCAUAGGAUGAUAACUAUCCAAAAUAAAUACUCUUCCACGUCUUAAUAUUCUUGUGUGCCUCUUGUUCUCUUCUAGAAUGUGUAGCUCUAAAAUAUAAAGUUUCUUCAUGUUGUAUAUUAUAAGCAGUGUCCCCUGAGCCAAUUGAAUCGUUGGUGGCUGAUGACUCUUGUAGGAGACGGAAACUCUGAAAUCUUUCAAUAAUUUCUUUUUUCAUAA